AUGUCAUCUUUGCCUGCCUGCCAAAUUGACGGUAACGUCGAGCUUUGCGACGCGCGCCUGAAGGAAAUCAAGGCCAGAAUGGGUGAUUCCGAAGUCCCCAGCAUCGCAGAAGUCUUGAGCAACAUCAAGACGGGAAAUGGUCCUUUGCUGGAUCGAAUUUUCCGCACGCUGCUGAAAGCACAGCAAGCGGCCAUAGCCAAGAUUUUCGACCUUCGCCCAGGAGCCGAAUUUUCGGCCGCCAUUGAGGUGGCCCAGCAGAGGAAUCUACCACUCGUCUGCGGCGACCGCGACGUGGACGAGACCAUGCGCAAGCUGAAAGAGGCGGCUUCCAAAGCCACAAACUGGGAGCCGAAAGCCGCAGUCCUCAUAGGUAAGUCACGUCCGCCGGACCUGUUGCACGGAUUUCACACCUUGCUGCAGGCAUUUCUGCAAGAUUGGUGGUCGCUCCUGACAUCCUCAAACCAAGUGCCGGGUGCCUACCAGGAAAGGUUCAUGGCCGUCCCGAAUAUCUAG